GUCAGCAGAAGGAAAACAACACAGGACAUGGAUAGUGCAUACAAAGAGGACGAGCACACCUACGACUAUAUCGAUUCCAGUGCCUUCAGUAAUUAUGCAUACGAGGGUCAUACUAGUAUCCAGAAGAACAGAGAGGUAUUCCAACCCACCCCUCCAAAAAGAUCAUCUCUUUCCAUCAGUCGUCAGAACCGAUGUUUGUUUGUGUCUGUCAUCGUUGGUGUCCUUAUAGUUAUCAUCACUGUUGUCGUCGUUAUUGUCGUCAAAAAGAAAAAUGAAAGUAAACCCCAGACACCAAUGGAAUUUGAGGCCACCAUGACCCUAGUAACUCCAUGGCAACCAGAGUACUCUGACCCCGACAGUGAGGUAUAUCAGAGAUUUACAUCUACCCUCCUGGCCCAGACAGAGGAUGGUAUAAGAGAAAGUGAAGUUGGCAUGGACCUGGAUUUCAUCGUCAUUUCAAAUUUAAGCCCAGGAAGCGUGAUUUGUGAUAUCAAAAUCUUUAUGAAAACUGCCAAGUACUCAGUGAACGGAGCGUCACGUGACGUAACUCCCAUUGUAAUUCUGAGUACAAUUACAGAAAUCGUGAGGAAGGCCAAACAAGACAACCCAGCGUCACUUCUGGCAAAAGUCGACACAGCAGAAAUAAGUGUCAGACAGCCGCAAACAGGGGCACACUCUGGUACAGAAUCAACAAGAAGUCCACCACAAACUUCAAUGACCGCCAUAAGAUCAUCAUCAACAACAAAAACAACAACGACGACGACAACCACAUCGUCCAUAACAACAUCAGUAUUCCGCCGGACUUCGUCAAGUGUAUCCUCUUCUCCAUCCACUAGUACUGACAUAACACCAGAUAUGAUUCCGGGGAAUGAUUCACCUUGUAGAAACAUUACCUACUUGGAGACAGUGCUCUUCAUGUCAUGUUAUGAUGACGAUGCAUAUAACCGAGCUUUUCAGUCUAACGACCUGACAACAGCGUUAUGUAGAUUUCUUGAUAAAACAAUUCGCUGCAUAGUUCAAGAAGUUGCUAAAGAUACUGGGAUUACCUGCAGCAGAGCUCAGCAAAAUCAGUUUAUAGAGCAGAAUGCAGACAACAUCCAGAUACUUCUUGUAAUAGACCCAAGGAUGUGUCUAUCCUCCAGUCCUUUUCCAUCUUUUGAAACGUCCACCUCCACUGCCUACCCAGAACCGGAUAUGACGACAUCAGCCAUCAUAACAAACAGAUCACCAUGUGAAAAUUCAUCAUACUUAGAACAGUUGCUACUUACAAAAUGUGUAGACUACUCAAGAUACGUUCAAGUGUCUCAGUCAGACAGCACAGUAAAAUGCAGCUUUGUAGGUGACGCCAUUGCGUGCGUAAUAAAAAACGUUUACAAUGAGACAGGUGUCCGUUGUACCAAAAAUCAGAGAGAUGCAGUUAUUAAGCAGAACGCUGAUUUAGUACAACGUCUUCUGUCAAUAGAUAUAUCAACAUGUUUUCCUAUGUAG